AUUGAACGUUCAAAUCUCAUCUUCAAGCCAUUAACACUCAACCUUCCCUUCACUUCACCAAACCAAGAGAGCCCAUGGCUGCCUCUAACCUUUCAUGCAUCGCUUCUGGUGUGAUCAUACCAUCUUCAACCACCAUUUCUUCCUCUUCUAGGCCAUCUUCUGUGGCUUUCUUCCCCAAGAAUUCCAUCUCUAUUUCGAGAUCAUGUCGAUUGGUUGUCCGGGCCGCCGCCGAUGAGGCCGCUGCCCCUCCCCCUGCUGCCGCUGCCACCGCCGACGCCCCCGCUGAAGCGCCCAAGCCUAAGCCGGCCCCAAUUGGCCCCAAGAGAGGUACCAAGGUGAAGAUUUUGAGGAGAGAGUCCUAUUGGUACAAGGAUGUUGGAUCUGUUGUCACGGUUGACCAGGACCCGAACACUCGAUAUCCAGUUGUGGUUAGAUUUAACAAAGUAAAUUAUGCAAGUGUAUCAACAAACAACUAUGCACUUGAUGAGAUUGAAGAAGUUGCUUAAGCUUUUUAUGUGGUUUUGAUUUUUUAGUUAAAUGUUUGUAUAAUACUUCCAAUUUCAAUCUAUUUCUCCUCUCUCCAUGAGUGUGUUUAGUAA